AUGAUGUGGCUAUGUAUGCAUCCAGGGCAAACGCCAUUUGCGGCACAGCGCUCCACGAUGAAACGGCACCGGCCCCGAGCUGAAGACUUCACAAUCGGCUGGAUCUGCCCCCUCCCACUCGAAUAUGCAGCAGCAAAAGAGGUUCUGGAUGAGCUGUACGACGAGGCUGAAUACGCGACUGGUCGCAUAUACAACCAUGAAAUCGUCAUCACCUGUCUUCCUGCGGGGCAGAUGGGUACAAAUGCUGCCGCCGCCGCCACAGCCAGAAUGCUUGCUGCAUUUCCCAACCUGAAGAAUGCUCUCCUCGUGGGUAUAGCGGGGGGCGUACCGAGUAAGCAGGCGGACAUCCGACUUGGCGAUGUUGUCAUUAGCCAGCCAAAUGGACAAUACGGCGGAGUUGUCCAGUAUGACUUUGGGAAGACGAUCCCCGGUGGAUUUCAGCGUGUCGGCUCUCUCAACGCCCCCUCUCACGACCUGCUCACGGCUCUGUCGAAACUGAAGUCGAAUCCUGCUGCUGCCAGGAAUGCUAUCGACGCAAGUAAAACCUACCAACCUCCAUCCAAUGUCGAUACCCUCUUCCACGCCUCCUACGACCACGUUGGGGGAGAAACGUGUUUCCGAUGCCGCCAGGAUAUGAAAAUGAAGCGGGUACCGCGGGUUGGAGGUACAGAAAUAUUCUUCGGUACUGUUGCUUCUGGUAAUCAGGUAAUAAAAUAUGGUACUACCAGGGACAGGACCAGCUCUAAAUUAGAUGGCGUUCUGUGUUUCGAGAUGGAGGCUGCUGGUGUGGUGAAUUUGGUGCCCUGUCUUGUUAUUCAAGGCAUCUGUGACUACGCGGAUUCACACAAGAAUAAGACAUUCCAACCUCUUGCAGCCGCAGCCGCAGCUAUAUGUGCCAGGGAACUUCUUUCAUAUCUGCCUUACAAACCUACCUUGGGGAUUGAACAACAAGAAAUUCCUAUGCGUGGACCAGUGCAACUACGGACAGAAGACGAGAACCACCGGAACCACCAGAACCAACGCGACAUAGAACCCCAACACUGCAAGACGUCGACAGCACAAAAGCGGAUUUAUAUGGAGUCGCUCAGGUUCGACCAGAUGGACAGCCGACACGCAACAAUUAAGAGGGCACAUGCAAAAACUUGUCAUUGGCUGAUGGAUUGUCAAGAGCAUAAGGACUGGCUUAGCAUCGACUGUUUUGAUCAACAUCACGGAUUCUUCUGGAUAAAGGGGAAGCCAGGGGCAGGUAAAUCUACACUGGUAAAAUUUGCCUUCUCACAGGCCAAAAAGACGAUGAGAGACGUGAAUAUUCUGUGUUUCUUCUUCAAUGCUCGUGGCGAGGCCUUGGAGAAGACGGUGCUAGGAAUGUAUCGUUCUCUUCUUUGGCAGCUACUUGAACAACUGCCGGAUCUACAGGCAGUAUUCGACACAUCGUCAGUGACCGCUAGCCACGGUAAUCCUCCCAAUUGGACUGUCGAAACACUAAAGGACCUCUUCUGCACAGCGGUUGAGGGUCUUCAAAAUCGCUCUGUCAUAUGCUAUAUUGAUGCCCUUGACGAGUGCAAACAGGAGGAGGUCCAAGAUAUGUUAUCGUUCUUCGAACAAUUGGGCGAAAUUGCAGCAUCCAACCGACUUCGGCUCCUUGUCUGUUUUUCGAGCCGCCAUUAUCCUCAUAUUACCGUUGAGAAUAAAGUUGAGCUGGUGCUGGAAAAUCAGGGCGAUCACCACACGGACAUUUCCAAUUACGUGAAUGCGGAACUCAAAGUAGGGAGCGGCAGGCAGGUUCCACAGAUAAAGGAAAAAAUUAUCAAUCGAUCAUCAGGAAUUUUCUUGUGGGCAGUGCUCGUCGUACGUAUACUGAACGAGGAGUAUUCCCGUGGUCACGUUCAUACUCUCAAGCGAAGGCUAGACGAGAUACCGAAUGGAUUGCAUUCGUUGUUGAAGGAUAUCUUGACAAGAGACAAUAAUAAUAUGGCAAAAACGCUACUAUGCCUACAGUGA